AUUUAUUUGGAAAAACUGUUGCACAUUUCUUUUUCCAAACAAACGAAACGAAUUUCUACACUUGCGCCGUGAGCUGUUGUAAUUGGUAAUGGAAUUCAAUAAAGUUGGACUUGGUAGAAUGUCCAUGUGAAAACAUUUCUCAAAUCAUUGCGGUGUGGACGGUUAAAUGUAACAUUACGAAGUUGCUCGCACCAACUUUAGCACGCAGCUGGAGAAGUAAAAGAAGAAAAGACUAGCCAAGACAAAAAAUAAAAUACAUGUGUUUGAUAAACGUUUUUAAUGAAAUUUUAAUAUUUAUAAAUGAUUUAAACGUAAACUAAACAAAAUACAUAACAAAGCUGCUAGUGAACCAGUGCUUGACCGCUAGUGAACCAGUGCUUGUGCAAAAGGCGUUGUGUGUUUUUUUUCCUCUUGGAGAAAAUAGUUUUAGAUUAUUGAUUAUUUACCAUCGCACUGUUGUUUGUAUUGUAUAUUCUAGGGCAAUAGCCUUGUCAUGGAGGAAUUUAAAUCCAUAACCGCUACCACUUCGGUGGUAAAAAUUUCGGCGUGUCUUGAGAAGAUAUUUAAAAAAAUUGUUGAAAGUCGUGAGAAAAAAAUUGCCGAGCACAAUAUUAAAGAAAUCGAAUUUCUUAAAUCACAAUGCAAGGCAGAGAAUAAUAUACAGCUGGGGCUUAUGAGCUGCCAGACAUUUGUUCGCCUGGUGGAAGAUGGUGUACUAGAGGCCAGCAAUGUUUUGCCAAUGUUGCUGUCAAUGCUACCCAAUUCUAGCCCCGCACAGUAUACAACCAUUACGGAGGGUAUUGUCAGUCUCCUGCUGCUGAAUUUGAAACGCAAGGCGGGCAGCCUAAAGGAAAAUGAGAAAUUCCAAUCGCAAUUUGGCCUUAAAACACAACAACAUCCCAUGAUUACCCUGUUGCAGAGUUCGGGUGUUAACAUGAACGAUGUAGCCAAUAAAAUUAAUGGAAUUUGUAACCAUCACGAUAAACAAAUCAAGGACUUUAGCAUUGAAUAUUUGCGUCCAGUUUAUUUAUACAUACUCUGUAAUCCACAGACUUUGCCGGAUUCCAAGACCAUAUGGACUGGCUUGUUGGCCUUGAGCAAAAACAAUGCGGAAGCCAAGGCCUUGAUGCAAGAAGUUUUGGCUUGGAGCAAAAUUACCACCUCACAAAAUUGCCUUUUCACCUCGACCCUAUUGAUCGAGGCCAUUGAGCAUUUCUUGAGUCAAAAGGAUUUCAAACAAUCAAUUGAACUGUCAGUAUUUCAAAUAUUGGUCAUUAAUAAUCUGGUCAAAUUCGGCAUAGAUCCUCGCCCCAGCUUACAUUGCACCCUGAGAGUGCUGCACUCGACGCGAGAGCACUCGCAGAGCCACUACAAUGUCAUGUUGGUCUUGCUGGCGGAAAGUUUGCAUUUGCUGGCGCCCAGCUAUCUGCCGGAUCUCCUGCGUAUCAUAGCCUUCAUUGUGGUGCAGGAAAACUGUGGGCAUCAAUACAUUCUGAACAUGUGUCUCGAUGGCAUCAUCCAGUGGAUGUCUCAGACUGCAUUCAUACCUGCAGAUGGUUUGGCUGUGGCCCAUCAAAUUGUGCGCAAAAUUUUGGACAUAACCAAGGGAACGGCCACCACCACGCCGGUGUUCACCAAGCAAUUUGAACCUGUGGCCAUACGCUAUCUGCAUGCUGACAUUGCUUUGGCAUUUGAUUUGGCCAAAUUGGUGGAAUCAUUCGAUGAGUCGGAGGAUAAGGAAGUGUGUACCUUUGUGGAUACCUUAAAUGUCAAAGCGAAUACCACAUUCUGCCAACGCUUGCAUUUAUUUUUGCGUGCUUUGUUUCUAUCGCGAGAACCCUCGGUGGAUUCUUGGUUUAAGAUCUACGAGGUUAUACUGGAGAUAAUAAAGGUCAAUGCUGACAUAGCCUAUGAUUUUAUGAUGACCUAUAUUUUCAAAUUGGCUGGAGAGCAUAACCCAGAACUACAAAUGGAGCUGCUAAGGGGUUUGCCCAGCUUUGCCAUAUCAAAGGAUAACAUUCCCAUUAUUUUGAAUACCAUACGAAAUUUGUGCAACUAUAACCCCACAUUCAGCAUGGAUUUAUAUUUGAAACUUUGGCGUGUGGAAUCACGCACUUAUCCCUUUUUGGUUAAGCUACUGUCAUUGCCGGCGAAAGAUGUAAAAACCAGCAAAUGGGAAUUUGAAAUAGCCAAGACCUAUACAAUACGGGAAAUAUGCUACGAAAAGCCCACCCAGCAUGGCUCUGAUCUGGUGUCACACCUUUCGGAUGUUCUUAACAAUUGCACAGAUGAUGCAGGCGAUUUGCCAACAUCAUUGGCCCUGGAUGCCAUUGUGGCUCUAUGUGACAGUCAUACGGUGAACAUAACCUCAACGUGGCGUGUGCUUAGCAGUAAAUUUCGACAUGAAAAACGUCCACGCGCUCUCAAAUCCCUGUACAGAUUCUUUGCCCAUGUACCACAGUUGCAGACACCUACCUUGGAAUUUGAACAAUUGGUUGAUGAAGCGCUGGAUCAGCUAUGGUUGACUAUAAGUCGUUCAGAUUCGGAUCCUGAGAUGAUACGAGAAGCUUUGGCUGCCCUGAAAAACUAUGAAAUUGGCUCACUGCUAACAUUGAAACAUAUACCGCCACAGCUGAGACAAGGUUUAAAUGUGGCUCGCGAGUAUAAAGGCCCUCAUGGCCGUGAGAUAGUGGAUUUGGAGCAGGAAUUGGUGCCGGGAGAAGUGUGGGUGCAGUUAUUGCAAAAAAUUCGUCCCGAAUGUGGAGCUGCUGCCGCCGAUUUGAUAGCCCACCAUAUUUAUGCAGAAAUCAAUGAGUAUCGUGGAGGUCUCUAUCGUCUGCCGGAGGGUAAACCUGAGCCACGCAAGCUACAGGGUUUAUAUCCACAAAGUCCUUUGCGGGCGGUGGUCAACUAUUUGGUCAAUCAAUCGCGUUAUGGUGAUCAUGUCAACGAACCCAUAGCGGUAACCAAUGCCUUGAGAGCCAUUUCCAAGAAAUUCGCCAAACCCAUACCACCUGUUGACUGGUGCUUCCUGCACUCCUUCUUCCAUUUGUCCUUUGAGUCGAGAAAGUAUUGCAUACUGAUAGCCAAGAAUCAAUUGCUGCAUUCGGGCACCGCCAAGCGUCUAAUGGAGAAUUUCCUGAUGGACUUUGAGCCCAACUGCUUUGAGGAGGAUCUGCUGUUGCUGUUCUCUUUGCUGCCAGAAAUUUCCAAUGGCGUCAGUCUGACCAUACUAAAAAGUUUCGCCGAAAAGGUGGCUGUCUAUUGUUUCAAAGAAUCUCAGUUGGCUGGCUUUAAUGAGGGUUGCCUCUUUGAGAAAUUUUUGGAUAGUGCAAAGUACAUCUUCACUGGCAAAUGUGAAAUUCCCGAAGUUUUGGAUAUAUUCACCCUUAUAGUGGAGCGUUACAUGGAUUCCAUGGAUGUUGAUUCGAAACUAUUUGAACGCUACACCGAGGCGGUGGCAGUAUUACCCAACAAUGCCAUUGAUGGCUUGACCUUGCCUUCGAAUUGGUGGGAGACACCCAUAGGCAAGUUGAAAAAGGCCACAAUUAUACGCUCCUAUUUGGUGUUGUACAACAACAAUCUCAGCAAUCCGCUGAAAUGGCUAAAUCCCAUUAUAGAUGCCUAUGCCACGCGCAAAGAGGAUCAAUUGUUUUUCUUUAGGCAUUUAACAUCCGUUCUCUAUGCCUUUAACAGUGAUGAGCAGUCCUGCAAUUGGAUUAUGGAAAUGUUCAUACAAAUCCAGGCUCUGCUGGCUGAAUCCUCGAAUAAGGAAAAAUUGGAAAAGGUUUUAUAUCUAUUGGAUAUUUUUAUACUCUCCGUAGAUGUUUUGUCCGGCUGUGCCGUACUAUUGGGUAAUUUGGAAGUGGUGGCUACACAACGUAAUGAACGAUUUCAGAUAUUCCCCGAGAGUAUGCAGUUUUUAUGUGAUCAUGUCUUCUGGAAGGAUCAAGAAGCCAAGAUCUAUGAGUUCCUUUAUAAUCUCUAUAAGAAUGCCGUCAUACCUGAUGUUUAUGCUUCCAUUUUUAAAGAUGCCAUCAUAUGUUCCCGCAAUAAGCCUUACUUUGAUGCCAAAGGCAUUUGGACCAAAUAUGUGGGAAUGCGUAAAUGAGUUGUGUGAACUUCAUGACCUUUGUAUGCCUCUGAUUGAGUUCUUAUUAAUAUUCCAAAUGUGCACAUACAAAUAUAUAGAGGAAUAACUGCCAUUUUUA